CAGUGCCUCUAGUGAGUAUCUCCAAAGUGACUUUUCAGCUGUUGGCGUGCAAUUUUUGGUUAAAAUUGGGAAACACCGAUUCUUGAGAAAUGUCCGCAAAUCCUCAACAGCAGUACUAUCAGCCUCCUGCUGGAGCUCCGGGGCAGCCCAACGACCACCAUCCUCAGCAUCCACAGCAUCCGAGGGCCAAUUUCCAAUUCUCAGCUGAAGAAUUGAGAGUCCUGAAGGAGUGCAACAGAGACAGUUUUUAUCAGAGAUCUCUCCCACUAAGCACCGCACUGGGAAUGGCAGCAUUUCUCGGCGUGAAGAGAGGCUUCCUUCGGCCCAACGCUAAAUGGGGCGCAACUCCUAAGGUCGUCGUUGGCGUCAUUACAGGAUAUUUCUUCGGAAAGUUCAGCUAUCAGCAAAAGUGUGCUGAGAAGCUGAUGAGAUUGCCCAAUUCAAAAGUGGGCGAAAUGCUGAGGCAGCGCAAAAGAGGCGGAAUGUAUGAAGGCAUGGCUCCUGAUCAGGGAUUUGGAACAGGACUGGGACUGUCAGCCUUUGGCAGCUCCACAGAUUCUCACAGUGAUGAAUCCCACGGACGCAAUCGCUCCAGUGCUCUUAAUCUCGAUACCGAGAGACCCUCAAGCACGGAAUUGGAUGAUAUUUACAGACCAAGUCUCGAUGCGGAUGCAAAGCCGGCUCCUAUCACGAAAUUCGAUGACAACUUACCCUUGGAUCCGCCCAAGACGUCCACAAGUUAUGAUGAGCUUCGACAGAGGAAUCGCGAGGAGUAUAUGAAGAAAAUGCGAGGUCCACCUCAGCCAGAAACCCCACCGCCAGUGGAGAGACGACCUCCGCCACCCAGAGAAGUGCCACAGCCGCAGGAUGGCUCUGCUCAGAAGAAUAAAUACGGAGACGUGUGGUCACAGUAAAAAUCCUUAGGAGACUCAAAAAUGUACAGAUGAUUGUGAGUAAACGCAUAGUUUCAAAGGGUUGCGUGUAGGUAGUUCAAGGCAAUCCCGGAAUCCCUUUUGUUCUCGAGAUAACGGCUCAAUCAUGCUUUGGCACAUCUUGAGUGUCGAAAAUGUUCCUUCCUUGAAUUUUUAUGACCUUUGCCUACUCUUCAGUUCAGCUGAAAGUGAUUUACAACCCGGGAAUUUCCGACAAAUUUCUCCAAUUCCUCUGUUUGUUUGCACAUGGUGCGAAACUCCAUUAAACACUACUCCUGGUCACCGUCCUCGUCCCAGGUAGACACUCAGUUUCUGUCGAGACGCUCUUUGCGAUGGACAUAGAGAAGUCUGUGCUUGAGUUUGUGCCUCUGGAAGUGGCUUUUGUGACGUUCAAGCCCCAUUUGGGCUCCAAAACAACAGUUCACAUAGAAGAAGUUUUUGAGAUGGACGAGCAGGAGUUGCAGAAGCGUGAAGACUCCAAAGAGCGCGAUAAAUAUCUCAUUGGGCCACCAGCCUUCAAUCACUUUCUAUGGGUAGGAAACAGUCAAAACACAUGCAGUGAUAAAAUACCCACACAAAAUCUUUCCAGUAUUCGCGAUCUCUAAGACAGGAACUCUCCUCAAUUGGACCAGAAAGGAAGCUAAAAGUGACUCACCUCAAGGUGGAAUCCGGAGUUCGCUCAGGAUUUAUCGUUAAGAAUACACUGUAUCACUCUCUCACCAUCAUUGUGGGUCCCAUUGAAGAGCACUUCUACUUUCUGGACUCAGUGAACUUCAACGUUCGCUACGGACGUCGUUUCCGACCACAUUUAGAAGCCCUAGCCAGGAGCAGUGUUCUUGCCAAAAUACCCUCAGCCUAUGAUAAAUGCCCACGCGACUUCUGCGCGAACAAUUGUAUAAAAUGCCGCUCUUCCGCUAAUCCGAGGGUCUGUCUUUGCAACGGCAAAUCUUUUGCAAAUAUUUAAAUAAAUAAAAUGGAAUUUCAAGU